UGCCUUUCCGGCAGGGGGCGAUCUAACGCUGUAACGACCCCGAGCCUUCUACUGUUACAACUGAAAAACACAAGAAGAAGAAGCAAAGUAGCACUUUCUUACGAGUCUACACUGGGAAAAUGGCUCACUUGGAGACGCUGAAUUCGUUUUUCUGUGAUCGUCUAAUGGCUGCAGCAGCAGAAAUCUUUCAAGUGGUUAAGGACACUGUUUCUCAGUAUCAGGAAGAAAUAGACCGCUCCAAACAGGAGAAUAUUUAUCUGAGGAAAAUGCUAGCGGAAGUUAGCAUCAACAAUGGACCAGUUUCCACAGGUGCACAGACCAGCCGGACAGUUGGAUUUCCUCCAGAACAGCAGAACAGCAAUCAAGAGGUGGUGGACUCAGAAACCUCGCUAAUACAAGUGAAGCUGGAGCUUAGCACCAUGCAGCAGGAUCUCAGCACUGAACAGCAGGAUUUUGAAGAACAGCAGCCAGCAAGGGAUGUACGUACAUGCCAUGUCCCUUCAGAGCCUGCUGAGGACGUCACGGUCAAACUCGAGCACAGUGACUCCCAGGAGGUUGGCAGUGACGAGUUAUCUUCCUGUCCAGCAAACCCUGAAAGUGUGUCAUGCAGUCAUUUCGAAUCAAACCCCCAGUCCUUCUCCCAGCAUGACUUCUCUAACCUGCCGUUUCACUUGCAAAGCCCGGCUGCGGAAAGACUGUUUCGUUCCAAGGUGCGCCGCAAACCUCUCAGGAGCGAAGGGAAUUCGAAAGGGCGUAAGCUUACACGCAGCAAAGAGAAAAAACUCCGCUGCGAUCUGUGCGGGAAGUGGUACAGCACUCGUCACUCGCUCAAAAUCCACCUGAGGACGCAUACGGGAGAGAGGCCGUUUCCCUGCAAAUUCUGCGUGAAGACUUUCCACCAGAAAGCGCACUUAAAGGAACACGAGAGGACACACACUGGGGAAAAACCCUUCAGCUGUUCAGUGUGUGGGAAACGUUUCAGUCGGGCUCAGCAGGUCAGAGUACACAUACACUAUCAUCAUCAACACCAAGCGGCAACGAUUAUUAAAAACCAACAGUGCACGCGUUUGACGAACAUCGCAGGAGAAAUAUGUCAGGUUUUCCAGGAGACUCUGGCCGCGUACCAGGAGGAAAUAAACCACUCCAAACAGGAAAAUGUUUAUCUCAGGAAAAUGCUGGCUGAAAUCACACUCGACAGAACAGACAGGCUAGAUGCACCGACCAGCCAAGCAGACGGAUUUCCUCCAGAGAAGCAGAACUCCAGCCAAGCACCAAUGGACCCCGAGACGUCAGUAAUACAAGUGAAACUGGAGCUUAGUACCACGCAGCAGGAUCUUGAACUACCAAAGCAAUCAUGUCCUACUCUUGCUUGCAGCCUUGAACGGUCUGACAGAGCUGAAGAAUCACAUCGUGAUAUCUCAGAUGAACAGCGAAGUCAGACUGAUGUAGUUCCUGUUCCUCUUAAACAGCCAAACUUCAACCAGGAGCCACAAAACUGUGAUCCCUCACAAAUCCGAGUGAAGCUGGAACCUUUGACCGGACAUGAGAAGGCUGAGUCACAAGAGCAAUCAAAUAACGCGUCUUCAUUCAGUUCCUCCCCUGUAAGGACUGCCAGUAGACAGGAGCAGCCUCACUCUUUCUCUGUUAAAACGGUGAAUGUUCUGGCAAAAAAGGGUCAUGGGUCCACCACAGCCUCAACCAUAGCAGUCUCAAGCAAACCAGAAACGUGGAACUGUACAGGAUUCUCCUCUGAUAUUUCAAGCACACCUGGGAAAAGUGAAAUUCAGUUUGAGCCUUCUAUAAAAGACGAGCCCGUUUCCCACCCCACUUCUCAAUACGAGAAACCGUCAAAUGACAUUUCUCGUCUAAAAUCUCGCUUGCCGAGUCACGUUCCUUACAGGCCGCUUUACUGUGACUACUUCAGUACUGUUUCCGGAUCACCGGGUGGCAGUAAUGUGUCAGCUACUACAGUGUUGUUGUUGUUCUUCACAAGCGUUAAGCGAAGAAGAGACUGUUCAUUUGAGAGCUGUGGAUUUUGCCACAAAAAAAUGGCAAAGUUUGAGUAUUUAAAUACGUUUUUUACCGAGCGUCUGUUAGCCGUUGCGGGAGAAUUAUUUCAAGUAGUUACAGACAUUAUUAGCGAGUACCAGGAGGAAACAGACCGGACCAAACAGGAAAACACGUACCUGAAGAAAAUGCUAACGGCUGAACGCUUGGCUAACGGACGAGAUGGUGCAACUAAUCAAGCAGUCCCCCAGGAGCUACCAAACAUCUCCCAUGGACCCCUGGAUUCAAAUUCCUCAGUAAUACAAGUAAAGGUGGAGCUGUCCACCACGAAGCAGGACAUUGUGCCACCAGAACCAAUAAGUGAUCCUUCCACAGUGACUACACCACACCAUUUCUCAGGAAAGACUACAAAUGAGGAAAUAAACAAUGAUUGUCUCCAUAAUAACUCAGAAGUCACAAUAAAAUCUGAGCCAAGGGACUCUCAGAUCAUCAUAUCUGAUGACUCAAACCCUGCCAUGCAAAGUGAAAGUAUAAUUGACUAUAAUUUGGUAGGUUUAAGAGAUGAUCAAGGUCCUGAUCCCUCUUCACAUGACGCACUGCAAAGUGAGACAGCUGAUAGAAUUGUUUACUGCCAAUAUUGUGGAAAGCCUUUCGGAAACCGUGGCCAGCUGAAAAGGCAUAUGGUUGUGCAUCAGAAAGACAGGCCAAGGCCGUAUCGCUGCGACUUGUGCGGAAAGUGCUACUCCUAUGCACAAGUGCUUGAGGUCCACCGUAGGACUCAUACAGGGGAAAGGCCGUAUCACUGUAAAUUUUGCGGAAGACGUUUUAAUCAGAAAGGCCACUUAAAGGAACAUGAAAGAAUUCACACUGGUGAAAAGCCUUUUGGCUGUCCAAUUUGUGGAAAACGAUUCAUUCAGUCCAGCCAAGUCAGAAAACAUAUCAAUUACCAUCAUCCUACAGUGCAACUGUCAGAGGAGAUAAAGAGGACCAAACAAGAGAACCGCCGUCUGAGGCAAAAACUGACUGAACUGAACAUUAGCAUUAGCUGUGAGAAGCAAAUGCCAGCUUGUCAUUCUUCAGAGCAGCACAACUUCACUCAGGCACACUUGGACUCUUGGACUUCUGUAAAACAAGAAGCUGAGCCACAACAUCUAACAACUGAUGUAUCUUCCUUCAGUGGAAAGAAAGCCGAGUUUUCCUCAGUUAAACCAGUUAUCAUUGAGAAUGAGAAUGAAGAUGAUUUACACAUGAACCACAUGACACUAGUCAAAUUAGAGAAUCGUAACUCACAGCUCUUCAGCUCUGACACUGUUUACUCAGCUUUCGGUCCAAGUCAUGAUCUUGUGGGAAAUGUUAACGAAGACUCAUAUCCUUGUCCUCAUUGCAAAGAAACAUUUGUUGACCUACAUCAUCUGAUCUCCCACGUGGAGAGCCAUGCAGACAAAUUGUUCGAAUGCAAGGUUUGCCAUAAGCCUUUUGCAGAUUGUGAGUGCUUGGUGAAACAUGAAACCAUUUUGUAUGGAAAAAGCAAACUGUACUGCUGCAAGCUCUGCGGGAAGUCCUUCACCUACCCCAGAUCUCUCAUGGUCCACCUCAGGACUCACACAGGAGAAAAGCCGUAUUGUUGCAAGUUCUAUGGGAAAGCGUUCACUCAGAAAGGCCAUUGUACCGAACACGAGAGAAUCCACACGGGAGAAAAACCGUACACCUGUCCGAUAUGUGGAAAGGGUUUUGUCCAGUCAACUCCGCUCAAGUCACACAUUCGCAGCCAUCAUGAUGAUCAGCUGCCGUUUUUACAAAGACGAAGAAGUAAAAACAGUUAAAAUAAAGCCAUUUGUUUAAAAAAAAAAAAAAAAAAAAAAAAAAAAAAAAGGAAGUACUUACAGUUGAAAUAAAGCACUAGACAUUCCAUCAGUUUACAAUGGAGUAGUUUCAACCUUGUAAGUUUCUGUCAUUCAUGCACCUUCUUCCAUCUAUUAGGAAUUUUAUCAAUUUUAAUCCAUAAGAACGAAAAAAUCAAGAAGUUGACAAGAACUUUUAUGAUUCUUUGAAUUUCAGUGGUAAUAAAUAAAGAUUCAGUGCUGUUGAUCCACAGUUCUAUGCUAAUUCUCUCUGGGGGUGGGAGUGGGCUAUGAAUUGUAGAGCAGAUUGUAUAUAUGUCAUUUUUCUUUUUGGAAUUGAUAGAACUUUUUUCAGUUUCCAGUUUGAGUAAUUCCUUUUCAUUUGAUAUUUGUUAUUCUCUUCUACCCCUGCAUAUCCUUCAGACACACAUCCUAACCAUGUAGACAGACUUCUUCCUGUACACCAAAACUCCAGCCUGGAGCUGCAGGACUCCGAAGCCUCACUAACACAAGUUAUCAUGCAUGACUUGUCGGUUACAUGACUCUAACUGGGCUGGGAUGAAGGAAUUUCCUUGUAGAUGGUCAUCACUUUUUCUCUCCAUGUCCAAAACAUCCAGUAAGAUCGGCUGAGGCGACUCAUGUCCAUAUGCAAGGUUCUCUGUUUGCAAGUGCUCUUGAUGCACAUUUCAAAUUGGAGCUUGCACCCAUAGAAGAAGGAAAUGUGCAUUACACAUUUACACAGGUUACACAUCACAUGGAAAAGCCCUAUAGCUGUGACUUGUGUGGAAAGUGCUGCUAUCAUGCGCAGAUGCUUAAAGCCCAUCUCAAAACCCACAGUGCUGAGAGACCGUUUCAGUGCAGCGUCCGUAGUAAAACAUACAAAAUGAAAAGUCAUUUGAAAGAUCAUGUGAGGACACACACGGGUGACAAACGCUACAGCUGCUCAACAUGCAGGAUGGGUUUUGCUUGGAUAAAUCAGGUCAAGGUGCACAUCCAAAAUCAUCAUCGUGGUCAGACAGCUACAGCUCUAAAUAAAUCGGUAACGCAAACGUACUUUUUUGAAGGUUUAAUUUUUGACUGAUUUGAAGGUUUAAUUUGUUUCAUUUGUCUUUACACUGUUUAAACAUUAACUAAAGUUUGGUUAAAUUUUUUUUUUGGUUUGGAUUUUUUUUUCCAUUGGAUAUCAAGCAGUUUUAUGCAAGACCAAUAACAUAAUCUAAGUCACAUCUUAGAACACAUUCUUAUUCAACACAUUUUCCGCAUCUGUCAGGUCUCUGGUCAGCUGUCUGUCUGAUUUUGGCCAAAGAAAUCAUAUCGUACUCCAAAUGAACAACAGAACUUGACUCUCAAGCAAUUCGAUUGUUUUGUUAAACUAGUUUUAACUUACUGUCUUAACUGUUUUAUAGGUCUUAAUUCAAAUAAUUUGUAACUUCUUGGAUCUUUUAUUUGUUUGUAGCUCAGGAUGAUUUCAAAGAUUAAAGAUUAAAGAUUU